GUUCACAAUUAAAACCUCCUGAGUCAACCUAAAGCUGCCGUUCCAAGCUGGGCACUUUGGGGAAGUGAGUCACCCGCACUGAGAAUGGAUUAGUGAUCAGAAAUGUUGUCCGUUUUUCCAACAAUUGCUGACCAAUUUGCAGAGGGGAUUAUGGAUUUCAGUGUAAUCCUUUGGAGGGUCCCUACUGCGUUCUUAAUGGCUGUGUUCUAUAUAAGCAGCCCCAUCGGUUCUGAAGUCAGGACUAGGUUUCUGUCUCCUCGUUUCGCAUCUGCAAGUUUCUUUGGCAGGUCCACUUGCUUCCUCACAAUGCCAUCUGCAAUGAAGCCUCUCAUUUACCUCCUGCUGGCCUCUGCCAUUUUGGUGAAUCUAUCGUUGGCACAACACUGGUCCUUUGAUCUGCGUCCCGGUGGGAAGCGAGCGGCCGGUGACACUGUCGUUGGUGCCUUCCAGGAUGCUCCCCGCGAUGCUACCAACAAAAUGACUGAAGUUUUCUCCCUGGACUGCCCUGGCUGUCUCCCGGCAAAACGUAAACUGAGGAAGAACAAACUGUGAUGUGGAACCACACGAAGGCUUUAGCCCUUCGACGGGGCAGAGCCUGGGCUUUCAGCUCUUGUUGAGAAAACCAGCAUUUCCUAUGGUGUUACUGAUCAAAGGAAAUAAAGGAUUUUAACUCGUGACGAUUUUAA